AUGAGCGGCGACGCGCAGAGCGGGGGAGCAGAGCUCACCGGGCUUUUCAGCACCGGGCCUCUCCCCAUGGCCGCAGCUGCCGGGGAGCAGGCACCCGGGGUGCAGUACGAGGAGUGCGGCUGGUCGCUCGUGGAGGACAGGGACGUGGGGAAGGCGGACGACAUGCUCGGGAGCGCCACUGUGGCCAGCGAGCAGAUCCUCCCUUCAGGCUUCGAGGGGGAGCUGCCUCUCCUGGGCGCUGGCAAGGCGGGCGCGUUCCUGCGCGUGGCCGUCGGUCCCGAGGAGGCCCGGCAGCGGCCGGAGCUGUGGGAGUGGGUGGCCGUGCUGCCUCGCUCCGCCGACGAGGACGAGGAGCCCGCCGACGCUGGGGCCGCCGAGCCCUCUGCGGGGCCGCCGCCGGAGUGGUUCCCGACCUACCUGGUGCGCGCCAUGGGCGACGCGGCCUGA